UGUGCUCUUAGGGUCGGCCGCGGACGCUAGGCUCUUGCACGUGGGUUUGCACACAGCGUUUACCCGUGUGCAUAACGCUCACGCACGCGCAUUUACGUGCUCACCCUUAGUCGUGCGGUCCCAUUAUUCCUAUUUUUCUGGGAGCGGCGGAGCUGACCCGGCGGUGGGAGAUGUCCAAGCUGCCCGCAGACAGCAGUGUCCCGUCGACGGACGCGGCGAAUGACAACGGUGACAUCCCGCAGGCGGAGGUAGGCAGAGGGAGGCGGGAGCCAGCCCUGGCGCCGCCUGUGGAGGCCAGGGAAGAUCCGAUGGCGGCGGCCAGGGAAGUUCCGAUGGCGGUGCCGAGGGAAGGUCCCAUGGCGGCAGCCAGGGAAGGUCCGAUGGCGGCGCCCAGGGAGGGUCCCGUGGCCGCGGCCAGGGACGCCCGGAUGGCAGAGGUCGCCCGAUUGUUGGCGGACCCAGCGGAAGAAGAGGGGCCUGAGGGCAGACCCCGGUCCAGGCCGGGUAACGGCCCAGGCCUGGCUGCGUUGCCGUAUCUCCGUCUCCGUCACCCGCUUCGAGUUUUAGGAAUUAAUUACCAGCAGUUCCUCCGCCACUAUCUGGAAAACUACCCGAUUGCUCCGGGCAGAAUACAGGAGCUUGAAGAACGCCGCAGGAGAUUCGUGGAAGCCUGCAGAGCCAGGGAAGCGGCGUUUGAUGCCGAGUAUCAGCGGAAUCCUCGGAGGAUGGAUUUUGAUGUUUUAACAUUGACUAUAGCUCUGACUGCAUCUGAAGUUAUCAAUCCUCUGAUAGAAGAACUUGGUUGUGAUAAGUUUAUAAGUAGAGAAUAGUUUAGUGACGAAGCUACUUCAAGAAGAACCUCUGCAUUCAAGACAGUCAUACCAAUCCUGCAACUUGACUUUUAAAAGUCAAAGUAUAUGACAAUAUAGUUUAAAAAAGAAGAAGAAAGCUUCUCAUGAAAAAGCAUCAGAAAAGAAAUAGAAGAAAGGGUCAAAAGGACUCCCUUAACAUCCUUAGAGUUUGUGACUGAUCCAGAUUCUUUUCCCUGCAUUGUAGAAAUGUCUUUCAAAAUUGCUUCACUAAAGUGAAGAAUAGUUUUAUAAUAUUGAGGUUUGAUAAAGAAAAAUUGCCAGUAACGGAACUAAUGAUGAUGAAAGAAAUCCUCAAAUAGCAAUGAUAGAAAUAUGAGUUCCAGCGGAGUUACUAGGACUGGAAGGCUAUGGGAAGAAUGUGAAAUUGUCAGAAUAUGUGCUUUCUUCCCGUCAGAUUCAACAGAAGUUUUUAGUGUAAGAUUGUUUUGUGUUUUCUGAGGCAUUUCAAAUGGCAAGCAAAAUAAAUACUGUAUAUAUAUUACAUGAUAAAUUAUGUGUUCAAAAAUAUGUGAAAUUUCCGAGUUUUAUCUUUCAUUCAGUUUUUAAUACUUUUUUGGGUAAAUAAUCUAUUUAUAAGCUCCCAAAAUAUAAAAUGUACAGUGAAAAGUCUUCCAUCCCUGUCCCCCUCGCUCCACUACCUAUCUCAGUUCCCAUCUGUAACCCCAAUACCUUGUCUGUCCUUCCAGUGUCCCUGUAUACACAAGCAAAUACAAAUCUGGAUGGGGUUUUUCAUUUUUUUCACAAAAGUUGGCAAGUUAUAUUUAGUGAUUUAUGCAUUGCAUUUUCAGUAAGAACUUAUCUUAAAGAUUGUUCCAAACCACGACAUUUCCUCAUUCUUUUGUAGAGCUGCAUUUUAUUUCAUUCUGUGGUUAUGGUGUAAUUUACUUAACCAGGAAUAUAUUGAUGGUUAUUUAGGUUUUCUUCCCAUUUUAUAUUGGCCAAAAAGUUUGCUGUCUUAAUCUAGUAUGCAUAUCAUAGGGCAUGUGCACAAAUACAGUAUUGCUGUGAUUCUAAGUAUA